GUGACAGAAAGGUGGAGCGCGGGCGACACUUCUGGUUAAUGCGGAUUUUACGUCUUGGUCACGUGACAGUACGCACCUUCCGCUCUGACUGUACGAUUUCCGGUUUAGAAAACAGGACACAGAGAUGGCGCUUGCGAGUUUUUUACCGGCCCCCACCCAGCUUUCCCAGGAUCAGCUGGAGGCAGAGGAGAAGCUACAUGCUCAUAAAUCUCGCCAGACUGCGCUGGUGGCAUCACGGCGGGAGCCUCCUCCCUAUGGGCACCGGAAGGGCUGGGUGCCCCGGACUCUGGAGGAUUUCGGUGAUGGCGGAGCCUUUCCAGAGAUCCAUGUGGCUCAGUACCCCCUGGAGAUGGGGAGGAAGAAACGAAUGUCCAACGCCCUGGCCGUACAGGUGGAUGCCGAGGGCAAGAUCAAGUAUGAUGCCAUCGCUCGCCAGGGCCAGUCCAAGGAUAAGGUCAUAUUCAGUAAAUACACGGAUCUGGUUCCUAAGGAGGUGAUGGAUGAAGACGACCCGGAUCUGCAGCGUCCGGAUGAGGAGGCCGUACGAGAGCUGACAGAGAAGACCCGCCAGGCCUUGGAUAAAGCUGUGUCACAGAAGAUUGCGGCGGCCAUGCCAGUGCGGGCAGCAGACAAGCUGGCUCCUGCCCAGUACAUCCGGUACACACCUUCUCAGCAGGGGGUGGCGUUUAACUCUGGGGCCAAGCAGAGAGUCAUCAGAAUGGUGGAGAUGCAGAAAGACCCCAUGGAGCCGCCGCGCUUUAAGAUCAACAAGAAGAUCCCUCGAGGACCCCCGUCCCCUCCAGCACCUGUCAUGCAUUCUCCUAGCAGGAAGAUGACAGUGAAAGAGCAGCAGGAAUGGAAGAUCCCACCGUGUAUAUCCAACUGGAAGAACGCCAAGGGUUACACCAUCCCCCUGGACAAGCGUCUGGCUGCUGACGGACGAGGGCUGCAGACCGUCCACAUUAACGAGAACUUCGCCAAACUGGCCGAGGCGCUAUACAUUGCAGACAGGAAGGCCAGAGAAGCCGUAGAGAUGAGAGCGCAGGUGGAGAGGAAGAUGGCGCAGAAGGAAAAGGAGAAGAAGGAAGAGAAACUGCGGGAGCUGGCGCAGAUUGCACGAGAGCGCAGAGCUGGGAUUAAGUCUCAUGCGGAGAAGGAGGACAACGAAGCCAGAGAGCGUGACGAGAUCAGAGACACCAGACGGAAAGAGCGGCAGCACGAGCGUAACCUGUCCAGAGCGGCUCCAGAUAAGAGGUCCAAGCUACAGAGGAACGAGGACAGAGACAUCAGCGAGCAGAUCGCCCUAGGAAUCCCGAGCCAGCGGCCGUCCGGAGAGAUUCAGUACGAUCAGCGGCUCUUCAAUCAGAGCAGGGGUCUGGACAGUGGUUUUGCGGGCGGAGAGGACGAGACGUAUAACGUGUAUUCUCAGCCAUGGAGGAGCAGCAAGGAAAUGGCGCAGACCAUCUACCGGCCCAAGAACAACGAUGCCGAUACGUACGGCACCGACAUCGACACCCUGAUGAAGACCAACAGGUUUGUCCCGGACAAAGACUUCUCGGGCUCGGACCGUAAGCAGCGCAGGGAGGGCCCGGUGCAGUUUGAGGAGGAUCCCUUCGGUUUGGAUAAAUUCUUGGAAGAGGCUAAACAGCACGGCGGCUCUAAGCGCCCCUCUGACAGCGGCCGCACCAAAGAGCAUGACCAUGAGGGCAAGAAGCGCAGGAAGGAGUGAGGGGCCCUUAUACAAGGACUGUGAACCCCCUGCAGACGGGGCCCUAACAGUAGCUGGGGGGGGGGGGGAAUUGUACAUAAAUGACUCUCUGUAUAUAUGAAGUGCAGGCAUUGGCCCUAAAAGACCCCAGGACCCGUACUGACUCCAUCACUUCCCUCGUAUACAAUGUGUCUCUGGUUUUUCAUCCCCCUCCCCCGUAGGACGCUCGGAUCACGGACGAGAAGAUUUGGAGUUUUCUUCUAUUUUCUGUUUUUAUUUAAACUUUUAAAAUAAAAAUGGUAAAUCUGG